GAAGGGCCAGGCAAGCCGUGAACAGCCACCGCCACCGACGACCUGAGGGACGAACGAGUGGGACUUUGAGGAAAGGAACAAAAACAUCGGUGUGUACUGUACUACUGAGACGAUAUGCCACCGAAACGCAAAGCACCGCCGGCAGGCAACAAGCCGCAUGAGAAGAGGCCGAAAAAGGAGCAUAAUGCAGCACCCAUCCCAACCCCACCCCCACCCAACCCGGACGCCACAGGGCCCCUCUAUGACCCCCUUCCCGCCUCCCUCCUCGCCUCCUCCCAAUCUACCACCGAUCCCGACCCUAUCCCCGCAACCACCACACCAGGAACCUUCACUCAAACCCUCAUCUCCCACAUCCUCCCCCCCACGACCAACCCUACCCGCACAUACACAUCCAAACUCCACAACAAAACCCUCGUCGUAGCCAACAACCCCGCCCCAGACGCUCUGCGCACCGCCCGCAAGGACCGUCUCGCCCUCCAGAAAGCCCGCCGAAAAACCAAAUGCAUGACCUCCAAGGAAAAAAAAGCCACGGGCUGGUUCUCUCUCAAAUCAUCCUCGGACAAGGCAUAUACGUUCGAAUCCUUCCUCCCCCUCCACGCCCUCUGGACAUCCUACAUGACGGAACUGCUGGGAACAGAAACGGCCCCGCAGAAUGUCCUGCCGAGAUUGUUACGUGCGGAUUACCAUGGCGCGGUGUUCACGGUGGUCAAGGCCAAGUGUCCGAGUUUGGUGGGGCUGUGUGGGGUGGUGGUGAAGGAGACGGAGAAUAUGUUUACUUUGGUGGGGCGGGGCGGGGGCGUUAAAGUGAUACCGAAGCGGAAUACGGUGUUUACGUUUACUACUACACCCGCCAUGACGAUAUCAUCAAGGACGACGGCGGAGAAGACGACGGCGAUGGAGAAGGUGACGGCGGCGAAAAUCUACACGCUUUACGGCAACCAGUUCCGCACCCGGCCGGGCGAGCGCGCCGCGAAGAAGUUCAAAGAUAAGGCUUCUGUUGAUUUGCCUUGAUAUUUUGUCCUACAUCGGGGGUCGAGUGGAGGAGGAGGUACGGCGUGGAUGCAUGGGCGUUAGUAUCUAUCACGAUUGCAUGGUGGUCAUAGGUGGUGCGAGCCAUGCUGUUACUGCGAGAUUGGCCUACCGCUGACGGGAAGAAGGCUUAGAAUGUAGGGUGGUCCAGGUUGAUAGGAUC